GUCCGCUUUAGUGGAAUCCUCUGAAGAACCGGACUCGAUACCGGGUUCGGUUCUCUGAAGAACCGGACUCGAUACCGGGUUCGGUUCUUCAGAGGAUCACUUUUUGAAGCCCCUUUAAACGCCAUUUCUGCAGCUUCUUCGCUCGCUGCAACUAUUGAACCGUGCUGCGAUAGUAUUAUGCUAACUCUGGAGCUCUGGGAUCAGAAAUGUCUGAAGAUGCUUUGAGGCUGUUCCCGGCUGAUGCUGACUCUCUCUGUGGGCCGAAUCCUCUGCGCAGUUGUCGCACUUGGAGUUAGUAGGCUAACUAAAAAAAUAAAAGAAAAAGUUUGCUUGUUGGAUUGCCUGAAACAUCAGUGAUUUAUCUCUGCGCUUCAUGCUCGUGACUGUCAGACAGACAGCAGCUCCCGUCAAACUAGUCACGGACACAAAAGCAGAUGAUGUUUUGGAAAAAGGAAGAAAAAAAAAACCCAACAUGUACAGAAAUUGGCUGGAUGCCUGUCAAGGGGAUGUUGCAGAACCCCCCCCCCCCCCUCCUGCAAAAUAAGUGGGCAAUAUAAGCAGUGAAAAUGGCAAGGGAACAAAAGAGGCAUUAUUACUGGCUGAACGUGCCGUCCAGAUGUUUGACAUUCAGCCAGCAGUGACCUCCCUAAUGGGGGAGGCUGCUUCAGCUCCCCAAAAGUUUGAAUAUGAGCUCAGGAAGGAGACACUGGAGGGGGAGGGGGAGCUGUGGGUGUCCUGUAGCAAAAUAGGUCUUUGCUUUGGAUUUGCUGCUGUGUUACUUUGGUGCUUUGAUUUUGGAAGGCUUUAAUCCAGUUCAGUUUGGUCUUGGAAUGGAAGCGUGUGCAUCUGUGGAAACGGCUGUUUCAUCUGCCUUGGUGCCCAAUAAUCAAGUCUUUCUUUAUUCAAAUCAUUGUGAAGCGGAUGAAAAAAUUGCAGAAAACUUGCUGGGCGGUCCACAAGCUCCCUGCUCCGCUCCAUUCUGAUGCAUCCACUUGCAGACAAAGACAAUCCAUGUGCGUCUUUGUUUUCCUCGUCUGAGCUGACAACUGGCUUUAAUGCCGUAUGGCUAGAUGGCUCCAACAUUGCUCGCCGUUUUUGGCGCACCACUAAUGUUAGCUUGGGAUUGUGAGGGGCUGUAAGCUUGCAGGAGAGCAUGUAAACGGAGAGCUCUUAGUUAUGAGUGACAAAAGGGGACAGGGUGGGUUCUGUGCCAACGGUCCCGCCCACAACUCAGAGGCAAAUUUCUAAUAAAUUACUGUGGUUUUUGCAGAAACGACACAGGUGUCUUGAUUUUGGCUAAAAUGCAUAAUCAUAGUUAUCAUAGUUGAAAGCCCACUGGGAACGCUUUAAAAAUGAUCAAAACAAGUGAGUUUUUAUAUGGGUUGCACGUUGUUGCGUACCUGUCCUGAGCUUCAGAACUAAAGGAGAACCAUCACGUUCUUAUCUGGUUCUGAUUGCCUUCUCCCAUCCCGGGAAUGCAUGCCCCUAGUUGUUAUCAUUUUUCCACUCUGCAGCAUCAAGGCCUCUUCACCGUGCUCUGCAAAGUUUACACUCAAGGAGGGCAUGCAUGCUGGAAGCUCGUAGAGUUGCACUUUUUUCUGUAGCAGCUCCAUCCUGUCAGCAAGCAUGCGUUUUCUCCUCCAAAGGACUGAAAAACCCACAGAUUGGAUGCAUCCCCUGCACAUCCACACCAUCUUGAAGAACUGCAAGGGGCAAAAGUGAAUUAGCCACGGGGCCCUCUCUGCCGCCCCGCAUCAUUGCAGCUCUCGAUAAUGUUGCAGCUACUGCACCAUAACUGGCUCCCUCGUCUCUGAACCAAAAUGGAGCUGAAGGUCUGGGUGGAUGGAGUCCAGCGAGUCGUGUGCGGGGUCACAGAAGCAACCACCUGCCAGGAAGUGGUAAUUGCUCUGGCUCAGGCCAUAGGACGCACAGGGAGAUACACUUUAGUUGAAAGAUGGCGGGACACAGAGCGGCAUCUGGCCCCGAACGAGAGUCCCGUGGCGUCUCUGAACACCUGGGGUCAGUACGCCGGGGACGUCCAGCUGGUUCUGCACCGCACCGGCCCAUCGCUGACGGAGCGGCCUCCCUCAGAGGGCCCCCCGCUCAGGGCCCCAGAGCGCGGGCUGCAUCGUCAAAGUCUCCCGCCCCUCGCAAAGCUUCGUCAUCCACACGAGCAUUUGCUUCAUCGCCGGGAGCCGCGCCGAAAGUCCCUCACGUUCUCAGGAGCACCCAGAAGUCUGAGGGAGAUGCUGAGCGUCGGACGGGCCUGUGACGCAGAGGGGAAGAGAAGGUUCCUGCUCGGUGGGGACAGGAACCAUUUCCAUUCCUCUCCAGUCUUUGGGGCCACCUCAACCAGCUUAUGGACCCGUAGCAUGGAGGAUCUGGUCAGACUGGUCAGUCUGCAGAGAGACACUCUGAACAUGCUGGACAGGAAGCUGAUGGCCAAUGAAGCUGAGCUCCACGCGUGGGCUGGGGGGCAAGGGGGCUUUCCUGGAGGCUGCAGUGUGGAGCUUGGAGGAGGACUGUCGGAGGAGAUUUCCAAGCUAGAGAAGCACUUAAGGAAGAAUGAGGUGGAAAUGGAGGAGGAAGAGUUUUGGGCCACAGAGCUGCAGAUUGAGGUGGAAAGUGAAAGGCAGCUGGAGGAGAGGCUGCAGGAGCUACGAGGCCGCCUUCAGGGCUGUGAGCGGGAAAUUGAAGAGAAACUGGCGAGGGUCCAGGGUGUGGAGGCGGGCCUGAAGGAGGAGAAACUCCAGAGAGAGCAGCAGGAGACCCAGUGGGUCAGCGAGGCAGAGGCGCGAGCUCAGGUCCUCAGGAUCCGGGCGGAGCUGAAGGCUCAGGAGAGGCAGGCGGUGCAGCUGGAGAGCAGCAGCAGGGCUGUGGACCGAUCGCUCAGUCAAAGCAGCAAAAAGAUUCAGGACAUGCAGCACGAGCUGGAGCAGCUGACCAAGGAGCUGAGGCAGGUGAACCUGCAGCAGUUUAUCAAGCAGACCGGGACCAAGGUUACAGUGUUGCCAGCCGAACCCUCUGAGGAUGACGGCGCCCGCAGCAGUCGCUGUGCAGAGUCAGUUCCUCUAACAGGCUCUCUGAAGCGCCCUGUGGUGUCCCACCUGACCUCCAGUCACCUCCGUGUUCUUCAAAACUCUCUCAGCUCUGGCCUAAACCCAGAAGGGAUCUAUGUGUGAUUCCCCCCCCCCCCCCCCCCCCCCCCCCUCCGAGGACUGAGUUUUAACUUAUCACAACUAUGCAUUUUGUAUGUUGUCUUGGUGAAGGAACAAUCUGCAUGGAAGUCACUAAGCACUUGGUUUUUUUUUAAGCUGAAGGUGGUUUGAAGCAUGUUUUACAUGAGAAGGUCUCCAAAUGAGGCCGUUUGAUUCAUUUCUGGCUGUUGAUGGAAACGUACCGCCUGCUGUACUCUUACUCUCUCCCUGUAAUACCUGCUGGAUGGUUCAUGUUACUCUCUCAAGCAUCGUCAUUUUCAAACCUCUGCCUUCUGAACCGUGUCUCUGAGAAUGUUGUGAAGGUGUGGCCCCUUUUCCACAGCAGUUAGCCCACAUGGGCCCUGGAGAAGACGUUCUCAUUAAAAAGUGUUUCCCUUUUGUGUUUCAAAGUAGGUGGAGUCAAAUCGGUGCUGCACUCAACUCAACGCUCAUGGAUUGUGACGAGCAGCUGUGUGUGUACAGGCUUUGUGUCUCCAUAUAUGUGAAGGAUCUGUGCGUGGUUCACCUGUGACCAAUCUGCCCUCAAGUUCAAACUAUGCACAAACGGUUUUUGUCGAUGAUGAAUGUUUGACAGCUUUAUUUAGUGACUUAGUAGAUUGACAAAAAUGCAGUCUCUUAGUCUGCAUAUUAAAGCAGUGUUGAGCGCAUUUUUGUUGUUUAACCACAGCAUGAUAUAUUUUUGCUGAAUGUCAUUUUUAAAAUUUUCUAACUCUGGCCAUACGGGGACAGACGGGUGUGGUGGCAUGAUGGUGUCAGCCCUAGACUGGCGAGCAGAGCAGACCUAAAGGCGUGCAGCCGUUGAGCAGGUAGCUGCAGCUCUGUCUAGAGUCUGAGCUGGCGGUUUCGCCUGCAGUCAGAACAGUGGAGGAGCGAAGCACGUCAUUGGCCGUGUGUCAACAGACAGAAUAGCCAGGUUAUGAAGCCUCUCUUUAGGUUGUAGCUUAGCUGCUAAACACUUCAGAGUGCCUUAUGCUCGUCCACAAACGGACUAUGGAGAUCACUGACUUGGUGUAGACAUGAAGGAUAAAUCAAAGUUCAGUCAUUAGAUAUUUGUACUUGACUUGAAAACUGCAGUCAACUAGUUUCUUAUGUGUUUUAAAAAAACACUUCAUGCUCCUGCGCUUUAUUUGUUUUGUACUUCAUAAUGUUCAGUGAAACUUUUUUUUUUUUCUCGUCAUGGCGAGGCGCGUGUACUGUAGUUGGCAUCUGUACUGUCACACAGUUAGGGUCACUGUUUACAACUGCAAAUCUUCUGGAAAACUCCAAGAUGUCGACUGUAUAUAACCUGUCUUUUUUUUUUUACAUUUUUCUUUGCCUUUGAUACAUUGCUGAGUGUUUUUGAAAGGUUUGUAUGGCUGUAACAGGCUGAUGGCAUGAUACGGAUUGCAUGGUUCAAUAAACCAUCGGUUAAAAUA